AUGCAUUGUCGUUCAACUCAGACAGCUGAACAUUUGGCGUGUAUUUUUGGAAUUGGCACACUUUUUAUUCUUUGCAACCCGGAUAAGGUACGCAGUGUAAAAGAUACCAACAAAAUUGGCCAUCAAUGUCAACGUUGGCCGAUGACUGUUGCAUGUGGCUAUGGCCGUUCAUUACCCACAAAUCGUUUAAUAAGUGCAGCACAAAGACAUCACCACGAUUUUGGCGGAACAGAAUUUUUGCCACUUUUGUUGAUGAAUAUGUGCAGUGGUGCUGAAGGGGGUGGUGGUGGUUGUGAUGGAGGGGGAGAUGGGGCUGGUGGUUCUGCAUGUGGUACGAUUUUGAUUAAUAAAAGGCUCAACCCAGGCAAAACCCAACUCGCCUGUAGACUCCUAGUAAUUGCUUCUAGGAGUUGA